AAAAAUAUCAGUGCAGCUGAAACGAGAGACGUUAUGAGUUCCCUCCCUUUCACUCUUUAAUCCCCACCAGCAAAACAGUUUCCAAAUGGUAAUAGUAGCAUUAUCCUCCUCCCUUCCCGCCGGAAGAAACCUCUUCUCCUCCAUUCCACCAACGCCGCCACCCCCCACCACCGUCUCCGCCACCCCACAACCACCAAUCCCAAUCCCCAAAUACCCCCCUCCCCGCAAAAAACCCCAACCACCCCCACCACAGAACCCCGCCCUCAAACACCACCGCCGCUCCAAGUACCACCGGCCAGUUCCCCGUGACGGCGGCGUCAUCGCCUCCGACGGCGCGGACCGCGCCGUCGUAAUCGGGGAGUCCGGCGUGUCGUACCUGCUCCCCGGCGCGCCGUUCGAGUUCCAGUUCAGCUACUCCGAGACGCCCAAGGCGAAGCCGAUCGCCAUCCGCGAGCCGGCUUUCCUUCCCUUCGCGCCUCCCACGAUGCCGCGGCCGUGGACCGGGAAGGCGCCGCUGAAGGGCAAGAAGAGCAAGAAGGUUCCGCUCUUCGACUCGUUCAAUCCCCCGCCGGCCGGCACCAAGGGCGUGAAGCUCGUGGAGAUGCCCGGGCCGUUUCCCAUGGGGCAGUUUCCGCUAGAGGGGAAGAGCAGGGAGGAGAUUCUCGGAGAGCCUCUGAAGAAGUGGGAGAUACAUAUGCUGGUUAAGCCCAUGAUGUCUUACAAUCGCCAGGUUAAUCUUGGAAGGGAUGGAUUAACGCAUAACAUGCUGGAGUUGAUACAUUCACAUUGGAAGCGUCGCCGAGUCUGUAAAAUUCGUUGUUUAGGUGUUCCAACUGUAGAUAUGGAUAAUGUUUGCCACCAUAUUGAGGAGAAAACAGGGGGGAAAAUAAUUCAUCGGGUUGGUGGUGUAGUUUAUCUUUUCCGUGGCAGAAAUUACAACUAUAGUACUCGUCCACAGUAUCCAGUGAUGCUCUGGAAGCCAGCUGCUCCUGUUUACCCAAAACUUAUACAGGAUGCUCCAGGAGGAUUAACAAAAGAUGAAGCUGAUGAAUUACGGAUGAAGGGGAAAAGCCUGUUACCAAUAUGUAAAUUAGCCAAAAAUGGAGUAUAUACAUCCCUUGUAAAGGAUGUCAGAGAUGCUUUUGAAGGAAGUAUUUUGGUGAAAAUUAACUGCAAGGGAUUGGAUCCUAGUGAUUACAAGAAAAUAGGUGCCAAGCUUAAGGAUUUGGUUCCUUGUGUGCUGUUGUCUUUUGAUGAUGAACAGAUAUUGAUGUGGAGGGGCAAAGACUGGAAAUCAAGGUACCCACAACCUCUGCCAGUUUUUACGCCUUCAAAAGCUAACAUUGUUGGGAAUUUGGAAAAUUCAGGUGAGACUGACGACAAUCAAUACAAGCAUGAUGGCAACAUGGUGAACACGAGCCCAAAAAUGUUGUCUCUGUGGAAGCGUGCAAUCCAGUCAAGCAAAGCUUUGUUGCUGGAUGAGUUUAAUCUCGGUCCUGAUGCUCUCUUGGAGAAGGUAGAGGAAUUUGACACUGUUUCACAGGCCUUGGAGCACUCCCAUCCAGCAUUUAGUUUGUCAAGUAAAGAAAAUGAUGCUGAAGGUUCAUCUGCAAACUUUGAAAAUAGUUAUUCUAGUGAUGGCAUACAUACUGAAGAGGAUUAUGCAAAGUUCGAAGAUAGUUAUUCUAGUGAUGCCUUACAAACUGAAGAGGAAGAGGAAGAGGAUGAGGAUGAGGAUGAGGACUACUAUGAUGAUGAAGACGAUGACUUGUAUGCGGUGGACACAUCGGCUCAACCCGGAUCAUUACCUGUUGAUAUGAUUGUCAAAAAGCUAAAACAAAGACCAUUGGAGUAAAAACUAUUUAAAAAUAAAAAUGACAACUUGAAGAGCUUUUGUAUUGACCAAAAUAGCAGGCAUGAAAUGUAAAAUUACCAAUAAAAGAAAUAAAUUAGUUAUCUGUAAAUUACGAAUUGGACAUUUUCUCAUGCACUAUAUGCCUUGGUUUCAUGAAUGACACGUAUUUGUGCGACAACGACUACGUUUACAACAUGUGGUGGCCCACUCGUGCUGAAAGAGAAUCAUGGUUUCUGAAAAUGGUGAAUUAGAGCCAAGCCAACUUUGUUACCUGAUGCUGCACUCCUUCAAAUAAUAUAUUCACAUCACGGAGUAUCCAGUGAUUAACUGCUUCUCUAGUUUUCCCACUCUUAAGUCCAUCCCUCACCAAUGACAUUGUCUGUUUCGGCUUAUUUAUUUAUUUUUAAUAUUUUUGUUUGUUUAA